AUGACAGAGGAUUUAGGUGAUUGGGGACUUCUUGGUAUAGCUGAUAUAUUAGAUGCUGAUUUAAGUCGAAAAAAAGAGUUUCCAUCUGAUACUUAUGUUUCUCUUAGUGAAGUUGAAGUUCCCUUACUUUCUUGUGAACCUUCCUAUGUUACACGCUACGUACAGUUAUUAAUAAAAUAUUCCAAAUACGAUGCUGAGCAAAGGAGUAGUAAUCUAGAAGAAGUAGAUGCUGCUCGUUCAGAAAGAUUAAAAUGUUCUCUUGCUGCAUCAGAACUUAUUCGUGAAAGACUCGGAGGAGCUAUUGAGUCAUUUGCUUUAACCGUACAACAAGAAAUAAGUAAACCAAGUUGUCUUCAAACUUUGGUGCUUUUAGGAACUCUUGUCUGUCCUGACACUGGUGCUUUUUGUGAUGCUCUUAUUAAUGGUACUGAAGAUAUGAUAUUAAGAACAGAUUGUUCUCCAAAUGAUAUUAGUUCAUCUGUUGAUCUAAUACAAAUGUUUAAAUCUCAAGUGGGAUUUGAUGUCUUAACAAAAGAACAACAAAAAAGACUUUUUUGUCUUGAGUUUUCUCUUUCAUUACGUUGUGGAAAGUUAAGUGCUCUUGUAAAUUGUCUUUUACAAAGAUCUAUAAAAGAAAGAUUAGAAGGGGUAUAUUCUCCUCCUCCAUUGGAACAUCGUGUUAAUUAUGUAAAAGCAAAAACAGAUAGUUUUCUUACAAGAAUUUGUGAGUUACCAUUUUCUGUUAAUUUGGAACAUAUAUAUUGUUUUCCUGGUGAUGAUAAACUAGUUGUAUGUAGUGGGAGUAGAGGAUGUGUACUUGAUCAAUUAGGAAUGAUGGGAACUCGUUUUAAAAUGAAUACAGAAUUUGAUCUUCAUUUUGGAAAAAGUUCCAAAAUAAUUUUUUGUGAUGGAAAAAUAGUUUUUGUUGCUAGAAAUGCAUCAUCUUCUGUUGGAACUGUUUCUUAUUCUAUUCAAAAAUAUAAUUGUGGAUCUGGUAAACCUUUAGCUACGACAUUAAUUGUAUUUCAUUUAACUGAAAAUACCGCAGGUACACAUGAAGUUAUUUUUGAUAUAUCUGGUACUAUCCUUACUUGUCUUGUAUGCAGUGAAUCUUCAAGAAUAUCGAACAGUAAAUGUUAUUUAUUACAAAAAAGUAUUGAUUCUAUUUUUGUAAAGGAAAAAAAUAAUUUUUAUGUAAACUCUAAUAAUUCUCUUAAAAGAGGUCCAAGUUUAUGGAAUACAAAAAAGAAAUGUUAUUAUUUUACUAAAGGUAAUAGUAUUUCUGUUGGACGAGUUACAUUAAAAGAUAAUUUUCAUCCCUUUACAGUAGAAAUGUGGGUUUAUCCAUGUAGUACAUCAGAUGAUCAAGUUAUUAUUUCAAUAGGAGAUAAAAAUAUAGAUGAAAUUUUAAUUGAAAUUGAACCUACUUCAGAAGGUAUUUUAUGGAGAGGUGGAUCUAGAACUCCUCAUCUUGGAGCUUCAUUUGUUUCUUAUAUUGUACCUGGAAAAUUAUCAUUUUGUCGUCGUUGGUGGCAUGUAGCUCUUAUAUUUAAAGGAAAUUCAUGGGAUUUAUGGAUUAAUAAUUCUAUUGUUGCCCAGGCUCCAGCUCUCGUUUCUCCUGAAGCAAUAAUAGAUGUUGAAUGUUCGUUAGGAAAAAGUUUUGUAGGAUGUUUAGCUGAAGUUAGAAUAUGGAAUUGUAUUCGUACACCUGCUCAACUUUUUAGAGAUAGUAAACGUUCUCUUACUAAUAUGGAAACAUCACUUUCUGGUUAUUACCCUCUUGAUGAAAGUGAAGGUGAUGUAAUUUCAGAUUAUGCACCAAAUGCUUCUCAUGCUCUUUUACAUAAUGGACAAGCAACAUGGUUAUCCGUAGAUGAUUUUCCAGUUAUUUCACCAAGUAUAGUACGAUGUAUUGAUGAUUUUGCUCCUAUUGCAUUACGUGAAACUUCUGAUAGUAUUUUUCUAUCAAGUUGUCCAGGAUAUAUUGCUCUUGGUAUUCCUACUAGUGGUCCUUCUCUUACUAUAUGUGAAUAUACAACAAGCGAUUUUAAAUUAGUAUUUCAAGCAAGAGUUGAACUUCCUGCACGGGCACCUAUUAAAGGACUUGGAUAUAAUGCUUUACGACAUUCUAUAGUUUGUUAUGCUUUAGCAUCUGAUAAACCUAAACGUUUACUUAUAUGGGAAUUACAUCAACAACAUUAUUUUCCUUUUUUACAAAAAGAUUCAUACAAUUGUAUAUGGGAAUGUGAAAAAGAUUUAUUAACACAAUGUGCAGCUUAUGCUAAACGUUUAGUAGGUGCAGAAAGGUGUUUGGUAGAUCAAUUAUCAUGGUCUGUUCAAGUACCUAGAUUAGUGGUGGAUACAUCUGAUAGACUUCUUUCAGGAUUACUACGACAUAUUUGUAAUGUUCAAUUAGAUCAAAAAAAUCAUGACUAUACAAAAAAUUUAUGCGCUUUAUUACAUGCAAAUUUAUUAUGUCGUGUUGAAAAUCAACAUGAAGGAUUAAAAAAAGAAAUUGGAGAUUUAUUUCCAGAUGCUCAAAGUCUUAUAAAAGCCGCACAAGAGUGUAGUAGUGAAACUCCAAAUGCAAGAUUAGAAUUAUUACGUCUGGCUUUUCAAGAAACUUUUUAUGAUACUGGACUUCUUUCCAUGACAUGUCGUUGUUUAUUAUCAGAAAAAAGUCGUCUUGGUUUUAUAAAAAAUCAAGCCGGUCGAGGUCGAUUAACAGAAAAAGAAGAUAUGUUAUUUCGAUCUUUACUGGAUUAUUAUGGUUCUUUAUUAGCAUCCAAUAUUUUAAUUACAAAUACAGAAAAUGCACAUCUUUUCUGUAUUUCUCUCAUGUCAGAGGAAAUAUUUCAAGUGGAACGAUGGAUUACUGGACAUCAUAAAUCUAUAGAAGCUGUGAAACGAACAAGUUAUUGUUUAGAGGUAUUUCAAGAAAUUCUACUGGCAAAAGUAGUAGAAAAACCUCAAGGUGAAUGUGGUGGAUUUGCAAUAACGUAUGCAAAAUUACUUUUGCGAACAGGUGAAAAAAUUAUAGAAAUAUUUGCCAAAUCUCUUCGAAAAAAACCUGAACUUUAUCAAAUGGAAUUUAUUCAUUGUAUGGAAUCAAGUGUGGUGGGUUCUCUUUUACCAUCCUUUACAGUAGCGCUUCCAUUAUUACCGACAAACUUACAAGGAGCUUGUGUUCCUUAUAUUAAAGGAUGUCGUGAAGCCUUAUUUUCUCUUACCGAUACACUUCCACAAAAUGCAAAACUUUCCUAUGAUCUUGGAGUAGCACUUACAUCCGCAUUGUGUCGUAUAGGUUGUUCCUUAUUAAUAUCUUCAGAUGUCGUUACUUCUCAAAUAGAAGCUAAAUAUUUACCUUUACUAUGCGGUGGAGUUCGUAAGUCUGGAUCAGAGCGAGAUGCUAUCAUAAAGAAUUUACAACAAGGUGUAGGUUAUAUUUCAAAAUUAGUGGAUGAAUUACACCGUGAAGAUGUGGGAGCAUUACCGGUGAUUAGGGAUGAUCGAUUGGUAAAGUUAGAACGACUUUUAAUGACAUCUUUUUGUGCAUUACUUAUUCCUACAGAUGCGUUAAAACAAGUAACGAAACAAACACUUACCCCAAUGUAUCGUUAUGUUCAUAAUAUGCGAUCUAUGGUACUUUCUAAACGACAAGAAAGUGUAGAAUAUCUUGAUAUUUUAGAACAUCGAGCUUUAUUUUUAGCUCGUUUUGAACCUAUUUGUGGAACAAGAACAGAAUCUCUUCCUCGUGUUAAAUAUUCUUUAAAAGAUGCAAGUCCACAACGGAAAUGGAAACAAUUUUUUCAAACUUGGAAAACACUUCGAAUAUUAAAAACUAAAUUACCUCAACAACGAGAAAUGGAAAAUGGGGAUCUUGGUUCUCUUAUAGUACAAUUUCUACAAGAAAAAGAUAUGGAUCGUGAUAAUAUUGAUCGUCUUGUUAUUCAACAAACACAAAGAGCACAAUACAGAUUAUCUGGAAUGAUGUUAUUAAAACAAUUACUUGAAGAAGCAAGAGUAAGUGAUAAACUUGCACAUAUUGUUCUUCCUGUUUUAGUAAAAGCUUUUACUGGAUGGUAUUACGCAGAUGAUGUACAAUGUUGUUCAAAGGAAGAUUUUCUUCGACUUCAUGGAGCUUUUUUUCAUAUUUUAGAACUUGUUUCUAUAAAUGUUAAAAAUCAAAUGUCUGAUAUGUGGGCAGAGUUAUUAUUAUCUUUAUUAACAUCUGAACUUCGAGUAAUGGAUUUUCGAAGAAUAAAAGGUGAUAUAGCCUCUACCCUUUGUUCUUUAUGGAAAUUUGAGAAACGAAAAGAUAAUGGAUUUCCACGAUUUAAUGCAAAUAUGUCUGGAACUUUACGAAAUACAGUUCUCUCUGCUAGUGGGGCGGCCCCCACACUUGUGAUUGGACGAUCUGGACACACAAUAAAAGGCCUUGGCGGAAGAGGCACAUGUGUGGCUCCCUGUGAGUGGUCUAUGAGCCGUAAGAAUUUCUUUUAUUACUUUGAAGUGUUAAUAAUAGAUCUUGGCCCUGGUGGGAGUUGUUGUAUUGGGGCAGGUCCCUCCGAUUACGGGGUUUCACGUUUACCGGGAUGUGAUGCCGAGUCCUACGCCCUUCACACAGAGGAGGGAAUGAUUUAUGAGGGAAAUAGUAUUGGUCGAUUAACAGGAUUUACCUUCAGUAUUGGAGAUGUGGUCGGGUGUGGAUUAAAUACAAAGACAAAAGAAAUUUGUUGGAUUAAAAAUGGAAAAGAUCUUGUUACCACUUUACAUGUAACACAACAAAAAUUAUAUCCACUCAUUGGAAUGUCUGGAAAAGGUUUAGUAAAGGUAAACUUUGGGGCAGAACGAUUUAUGUUUGAUAAGGUACCAGGAUUUAAAACGCCAAGAAGAUGUUUAGGGGAAAAUGCAUGGGAUGUAUUUCGUAUAUUUUCUAUUCGAGCAGCGCUUGGGUUUAUAGAAUCAGGCAAGGGAUCUAAUAAUAACAAUAAUAAUGAUAAUGAUAAUAAUAAUAAUAAUAAUAAUAAUAAUAAUAAUAAUAAUCAUUCAGAUACACUUAAAGGAUUACGAACCACUCUAGAAGAAUGUUUUGAGUGUAUUUGUACGGAAAUGGAACGUACACUUCCUUUUCCUAAUUCUGAAAUGUUUAUUAUUACUCUUUGUUCACAUUUAACAACCCUUGCAAAGGUACUUGUUUCCGCUCGUGAUGAUACCCUUAAUUCAUCUGUACAACGUGUUGUAAGAACCUUACAGAGGGGAAGUUAUUACGCUUUUCGAAGUUAUACAUGUAAUUCCAAAGUUCGAUGUGCUCUUAUUACGGCAUGGUUUGCCUUUAUGAAUUUAUCGGAACCUUCUGCUAUUACAGAAGAUAAUAAUAUUCCAGGUUUUCUGGAUACAUUACUGACCCUUGCAAGAGAACUGGAAUGGGUUGUCUCUCAGGGAUCCAUCACUUUAUGUGAAUCUCCUACCGCUCUUGAAGCUUGGACAGCUUUAGCUUUACUUCAACAUAUGAAUAGUGAUGAAAGUUUAACCCAUCGUUGGAGAGGGGAAUUACAUUCAUGGAUUAUACAAAGUCUUGAAGGGAUUCAUAGUAAUAGAACGAAUACAUCAUUAGCACUACGUAUUCUCUUUGGUGGACCUCGAUUGGCUGUUCCUGGGGAUCGUAUUAUGGUUCGAAAAUCAAAACACGCAACUGUAGCCGUAACGUUAGUAGAUUACUCUUUGGAUGAUGAAACAUGUGAUGUUAUUGAAAAUGAUGAAAAACAUUUUACCGUUUCUCUACGACAAGCUGAGAUAACAAUAGGAGAAGAGGCAUCUACAUUCCCUCAGAAAGAUAAUAAUUUACAUAAUACUCAAAUGCAUCAAGUGCUUCAAUUAGCACGACAAAUGUGGAGUGAACAUGCUAUGGAUAAUGGGAUAACCGGAAGUUCUUUAAAGUAUAGAUCUCUUGCCAUUGUAUGGCGAUGUGUAGAAAAAGGAUUACUUUUAAUACCUAAAGAAUUUCUUACCUUGUUAGCUAAACUGUAUGAUAAUGGUGAAAUUCCAUCAGAUGAACAACAAACUGUGGUUCAAGAUCGAUUAGUAAUUGAAUAUUCUCUUUUAGUGAAAGUAUUAGGUGAGAAUAUUAGUUUAGGUAAUGGUAAUACACUUACCAAUACUUCAGGGAAAUCUCAUAAUGAUGAUGCAGAGACACGAACUCGUUUAGCACAAGAAUUAUCUAUGCGAGGUUAUAAUCUUGAUCUUUGUUUUCUUGCUCUUGAUGAGACAAAUAAUGAUUUACAAGCAGCUCUUCAACUACUUGGGGAUCAUCAUGGAGAUUUUAUAUCAACGCAACGACGUACAACUUUUCCAUCUAGUGAGGAUGAAGAUAUAAGUAGUGAUGAGGGAGAAAUUGAUACAGCUGAAUAUGAUAUUCAUGUUUUAUUUCCUGCUGAAAGUGAUGAUGAAAUAGAUGAUGAUAUUUCUGUAGAUCGUAGUGAUCCAUUAAAUGAUGGAAUUCGUUUUCUUGGAGGUUAUGUAUCUAUAACAGGUGAACGUCCUUUAGGUAAUAUAUUUACUAUGGAUAUGUAUUUAUAUCUUUUUGAUGUUACCAUAACCCAAAUAAUUUUUCAUCAAAAAACUUCUACAGAAGAUUGGCAAUUUGUUGCACGUAUUCAAGGUUCUGCAUUUCAUUGUGGAUGGGAAAAAGUUGGAGAUGAUACCACAUCUCUUUGUAAGGUUCCUAUUGAAUAUACAGAUUCUUUACGUUGGAUUCAUUUAACCAUGGUACAAGAUACAAAUAAAUUUUAUCUUUACAAAGCUGGUAUUCUUCAAUCUGAAAUGAAUUUUUCUUAUAAAGGUCUUUUAUUUGAAAAUAUAUUAUAUCUUGGUGGAUGUCCAGAGAAUGAAGAGAUGCGUCUUAAUGGAGGGAUAAAAGGUAUUCGAAUUAUGGAUGUUGCGUUAACAAGAGAAGAAGUUACUCGUUUUGUCUCCAUGGAAGACUCCACAUCUUUUGUCUAUCACUCCAUCACAUUAGAGUGUAUGAGUGAUACGAUUAAAGCCAUCUCCACAGAUGGAUGGUUGAAGGCAAGUGUAAAUUCAGUAGGGCCUGUCACCUGGUUUGAGCAACUGGAUGGUGAGGGAGGAAGAUCUAAUCAUGUAUGUCAACAAGAAAUUGAUUUUACAACUCAAAAUGAUGAAACUGGUAUAUUUGCUAUUGAUACAUUAAAAGGAUUUAGUAAUUUUAUUACACUAUGGCGUAGAAGGAAAGAUCAACGAAGAGAACAACUUUUAUCAAUUAUUCCAAAAUUGGAUAGACAAUUGGCGUGUUAUUAUGCUGUAGCUAUAUUAACACAUAUGAUGCGACUUACAUCGGAUCUUGAAGUUUGUCUUGGACGUGAACAAGUACAUAAAAUGGUUCGAUUUGCUAUCAAUUCUAAUGAUACAGAUCUUUUACAAUCUCUUAUUUCUACAACAGAACAUCUUAUUAAAAAUGAAAAUGCUACUAUUGUAAAUUAUAUAAAAGAAGAACUUGUAGAAAUGGUUCAACGAGAACAAAAAAUGCUUAUUUUUGAAUCUCCACAUCCUUUUAAAUCUACUUUGGCCAGUGCGCAUGAAGUUUACGUACCAGGAAGACGAUCAUAUGAAGUUCAUUUUGAUACUCGAUGUUCUUCCAGUAGUAUGUUAGUUACAUUUUAUGCCGAUCAUGCACUUUCUAGUGUUAUUACACAAGCUCCUGGAUAUGCAUUAAAUUCUAUUUGUAUUCGUGCACCACGUUUCUUUUUUGAUGUUCGUUUAGAUACUUCUACUCCCCAAUGGGGAUAUAAAAUUAUAGUUUUAUACGAUACAGCUGUUCCACGAUUUGCCGCUCAUCUUCUUCGUACAAUGGUAUGUUCUGUUAUUACAAAAGGAGUAUCCGGUAUGAAUAUAUUAAAUACAAAUGAUUGUCUAGAUGGAUUGGCAAAUGCAAGUCGUAUGAAUGUUGGAAUUACUCGUUGUCUUAUUCUUUCUUGUAUGACAGAUAUUCUUCUUCACAUGUCUGAAUAUACAGAACCUAUGCAACAUUUAGCUCGUAUGCAUGAUCUUCGUCGAAUGUCUGAACGUUUAUUUCGAAGAACAUUAGGAUCUCAACAUUUACAAAGUCGUUUUGUUCAAGUGGUUUCAGAAUUCUACGUUGCACUUAAAGAUGCCGAACAUUGUUGGCAAGCUAUUGGAGAUGGACAAAAAUCCCUUCGUUAUGGAAAUUAUGAUGGUGUGACCGAUACCGAUUCUUUUUUACAAAAGAGGAUGGAACAACGUAAUUUAUAUAAACAACGAGAAGGAUUACGAGUGACGGUUGAAAAAGACCUUCACCCUGAAAGUCUUCGUGUGGGUGUUAAUCCUAACCGCACCAUCUUAGUUUGGAGUGAACGGACGGGGAGUUCUGUGAUUGGGGAUGUCCCAUUAGGUUCUGGUAGAUGGUAUUUUGAAGUUCGCAUGAUGGCAAGUGGGGAUGCCUUCAUUGGUGUGAUUCCAUCAUGGGCUCAACACUGGUCAGAAGUUCCCUCCCUCGAGACUUUUGUGGCAUUUAAUGGAAAAACAGGUGUUUAUCAUGGUGUAAAGGAAAUUUCUGUACCACCACGUCGGAUUUGGAAAGCGAAAGAUUAUGUUGGAGUUGUAAUGGAUGGUAUUCAAAAGACUUGUUCAUUUAUUGUGAAUGGGUAUGAUACCGGUGUAUUUUUUCGUUUUGGAACAAAUGAGUCUGAAGCCGUUUCCGCUGCUGGGGCUAAUCUUCAAGAUGAACAAGAAGUUUCUUAUCAUCCUUUUUUUAUGCUUGAAGAAGAAGAAGGUAUUACUAUAAACUUUGGUGGAGCUCACUUUGAAUAUGAACCUCCUAGAAAUUGUUUUCCUCUCGAUCCGGCAAAUUUAAGACUUGGAACACUUAUUCCAUAUAAUCAAAUUCGUGCUUUCCAUGAUUUGGCAACUUAUAUUGUAUCCGCUGGACGUACCCCAUUACCACCUUUUUGUGAAGAAGAAGCAAAUCCUUUUGAAGGUUCAACCGAACGUUUUGGUCCACCAAAUGUUUCACUUCAUUCUACUCCAGGUGUACAAGUAAAUUUACUGGUUGUACGAAAUACUGGAACUAGUUUUGCCACACUACGAGCGAAUUGUCAAGUUUCUGGUGGAAAAUGGUAUUAUGAAGUUACCCUACGUUCUCAAGGAUUAAUGCAGAUUGGUUGGUGUUCAUCUAAAGAUUCUAAAGAGGCAACGGUUGGCGAUACACCUACCUCUUGGUCGGUGGAUCUUUUUCGGCGAAUGAAAUGGCAUGAUGGAAAACCUGAACCCCUCACCGCAUCACGACGAUGGGUGGUAGGAGAUGUGAUUGGAUGUGCAUUAGAUCUUGUAGAGCGAAAAAUGAUGUUCCUUUGUAAUGGUAGACUUUUAUGCGAUACGACACUAGGUGAUAGUACCUUUACAAAUUUACCCAUAACAAUUUCUUAUGAACCGGCUAUUUCAUUUCGUUCCGGGAAUGAGGUAUUAUUUAAUUUUGGUUCAAGUAGUUUUAAGUAUAAACCAGAAGGAUUUUGUGCUUUAGGAGUUCCUGAUUCUUGGAAUGAACGAAUAGAUGCAUUUUAUUCAACACUUCAACCAUCUACGACACUUUUAAGACUUCGAGAAUUAAAAAAUAUGUGGUUAUCAACCGAUUUACUAACGGUACAAGAAAUAUUAAAACCUUAUUCUGUUUUAGUAGAUGUUGUACAAGAGUAUUGUAAAAAUCAAAAUAAGGAUUUUGCUCAACUCACGGAAGAAAUAUGUAAAGAAAUAUUUCAAAAAACUUCUAUUCCUAUAGAAAAAGCUUGGAAAUUAUAUAAGGUUCUUAUUUCAUUUUCUCGUGUAGUUCGUACUGUUAUACCAUUUUUAAAUCUUGAUACACAAAAUUUAAAUAUAUCUACGAAAUUAUUUUUAUCAUGUCGUAGUAUAUUAUCUCCAUCUUUUCGUAAUGAAAUGGUGGAUGAUAUUCUUCGUGAGACAAAUGUUCGAUCGGAACACUUUCGUGUAUCUAUAAAUCGAAUGAAAGCUCAUUCAAAUAAAGGUUCAUGGAUGUCUUCAGUAUUUGGUCAAACAUUUUCAUUAAUAGCAGAUCAACAUCCACGUAUUUUUCGAACAAAUAAAAGAUUUUGGAGUGUUUUAUUUCUAGGUGAAGGAUCAGAAGAUGUGGGAGGACCUUUUCGAGAACAUAUUGGUGAAAUGUGUCGAGAGUUAAUGAGUACUGCAUUACCUUUUUUUGUUCCAACAGCAAAUAAUGUGCAUAAUAUAGGAACAUGUCGUGAUGCCUUUGUUCCUGCUCCAUCUGCUACGAGUGCGGCUGAACUUUCAGCUUUUGUUUUCAUUGGUCAAUUAAUGGGAGGAGCUCUUCGAAGUAGUGAACCUUUGGGACUUUUCCUUCCUCCACUUGUUUGGAAAUUUCUCUGUUUUUACCCUAUUAUGGAAUCUGAUCUUGAUGAUGUGGAUCGUAUUUGUUUACAGUGUAUUCGGGAAUUUCGUGGUUUAAAAAAUCAAGUAGGUUCUGAUGACAUGUUUGACGAUGUUUUUGACUCUGAAACCUUUACUACGCGACUGAGCGAUGGCUCUGUGAAGGAGUUGAUCCCCGGUGGAGGUUCUAUUCGAGUGACGCUGGAGCGGUGCGAGAGUUACGCGAAUGCGCUCUCCACCGCGCGGCUGGAGGAGUCUCUUGUGCAGCUGCGGAAGAUGCGGGAGGGUCUGUUGAGUGUUCUGCCGGCGGCGGUGUUGUGUCUGUUGGGCCCGGCCGAGUUGGAGCUGCGGGUGUGCGGCCGGCCGGACUACGCCGUCGCGGAGCUGCGGGACGGGGCCGUCUGCGAGGGUCUCGCCGCCGACGACCGCCGCGUCUUAUUUCUCUGGCAGGCCCUCGAGGACGCCAGCGCCCUGCAGCGGCGGCUUUUCCUCCGCUUCGUCUCGGGCCGCGAUCGGCUCCCCGUGCGGCUGCGCAUUCUCCCGCUGGCCACGACCGGAGACCCCGACGGCGUCCUCCCCCGCGCCGCCACCUGCUUCUUCGCCCUCGAGCUUCCAGACUACUCAUCCCUCGAGGUGCUCAAGGCAAAGCUCUACUACAGUAUUGAGAACUGCGCCGAUAUCGAUACCGACUUCAACCCACGAGAGGUGGACGAAAGUGAGGCACCGCAACUUAUGAUAGGCGUCGAAGACACAAGGCAGGAUGAAAUGGAAUCCUCUACGUGGAGUGAAGAAUAA